GCGCAUGAUAUAUGCGGCUUUAAGAGGUAUUGGUUUCCUUUUCACCUUCAAAGUCUUGCGCCCGUAUCUCGUGUUUCUUCCGUACGGACGUAAGGCAAUUGCCCCCCAAUUGGAGCACUCUAUCAUUACCUCUUUUGGUCCACAUCAAUGAUGGAUGAGUUCACCGGAAACCUUGGCUAUACGAAUGAGGACUCCAAGCAGCCUCGUUCGCCUCCUAUCCCAGGAUUGACGAGCAGAGAGCCAGCAGGGAGUAGCCAGCAAGCAUGGCAACUACCACAGAGAGCCGCAAGCAGCCAACCCAAUUCAUCAAUAUCCCCGCCUGCAGCACCCUCUCCAGCGCUGUCGCACAUUCCUCCCCGUAUUCGUCGCCGCAACCGCCUUAUUACCAGCUGCCUGGAAUGCCGGCGCCGCAAGCUGAAGUGCGAUAAAUCCAGCCCAUGCGGCAACUGCACGAGGGCUAAGCGCCAAUGCCUGUUCAUGGCGUCGACGCCAGACCCUGCCGCGCAGCAGAAGCUGGCGAAGAUCAAGGAGAAGAUGGGGAGUUUGGAGCGGACGCUGGAAGAGGACGUGACAAGAGCUAGGCAGCGGACGUCGGUAGAGCGGAAUAGGAGCGGUGAUGUCGGUCCUGGGGUGGGGGACGAAGAGGAGGAUGAGUUUGAUGAGGAGGACGUGCCGGAGGACGAACGGGACUUAGAGGCGCAUCCGUACAUUACGAAUGAUGUCGCGUACUACGAAGAUGCGGACGAUGAUCUAAUGGAUUUGGGAAUCCAGCUUGGGAAGAUGAGGAUCACCGAAAGAAUCGGUGGGCUGGCCAGGCCAAAAUUGGCAGAUGAGCUCAAAUACGUUAUUAAGGAGGUCAUGGCAGAACAUGGCGAGCCGGAGACAUCCUCCACUCCGCCAGGAUUCCUCUCGUCGCAAAUGUCUUGCGGGCCAGGCCCUGAUUUUGUUGCUCCAGCAGCCAGUUUCUUCUUCGCACCCGAGCCAUUAAUUACGGCGGUGAUGCAAUAUAUGCCGUCGAAGGAUGCCGCCGAUCAACUGAUGCAGCAGUAUUGGAAAGCUGUCCACCCCGUGGCUCGCAUUGUACAUCGCCCUUCGUUCGAAAGACAGUACAAAACCUUCUGGGAGCAUCUCCAGGGUGGCAUAGAAGGGCCCGCGUCGUUUGCUGCCCUGGUUCUAGCUACCUUAUUCUCCGCGAUCCUUAGCAUGGACAGCGAGACUGUUCUAUCCGAGUACGGGGUCGUGAAAUCGCAGCUGGUGGACAACUUCCGAGAAGGCACAGAAACGAUGCUGUCCAGGGCGCAUUUCUUACGCACUACCAAACUGGAAACCCUACAGGCCUUUGUAAUGUAUCUCAUUCCGAUGUGCAGAAGUGAGAUCUCAAGAGCACAUUCGGCGCUCACGGGAACUGCAAUUCGGAUCGCAGAGGGGAUGGGGUUGCAUCGAGAUGGCUCCCUCUACGGCCUGGUACCUGUUCAAUUACAUGUGCGACGUCUCAUCUGGCACCAAAUCUGUUUCUUGGACAUCCGAACUGCUGAUGCUGUGGGACCGCGCCCUCAAAUACGACGGGAAGAUUAUGACACAAGACUCCCACUGAAUGUGGAUGACGUGGACUUGGAGUCGCGCAAUCCGCCGACGCAAGAUGAAGAUCGCUGGACGGAUAUGACGCUGACUCUCAUGCGCAUGGAGUGCAAUCAGAUGCAUCGCCGGAUUUGGGUCGAGCAGACUAAAUUGGAACAGAAGCGAACGAACCUCACGACGGUGGUUCGAAAGAUCCAAAAUUUCCUCACGAAGUCGGAGAAGAAGUACAUGCAUUUGUUUGACCGGACGAAACCGCUUCAGUACUUCGCGUACCUUGCGUAUAAAAUCCUCACAUUGAGGAUGUAUAUUAACGUCUUACAUCGUUACUCUGGAAAUCAGCUGUUCACGAUGCCAGAUCGGUUACGGCAGUUGUUGAUCAAUUCAGGGCUUGGGCAACUAGAAGCUGCCAUUCAGAUCGAUACCACACCAUUAUUGAAAACCUGGGCAUGGUAUGGCGGAACCUUUCAACAGUACCACGUUGCGCUGCUUCUGUAUUCCGAGCUAUAUACUGCCGAGCCUUAUUAUCAUGAACGCCGCAUUUGGAAAUCUCUCGACUACGUUUUCGAGCUCUCCCCCAGCGUGUCGCCGCUCGAGAAAUCGAAGCAGAUCCUCCUCGAGCUCUCCCGUCGCGCUGAUAUAUUCCAAACUUUGCGAAAGGUCCGCACACCUACGACCAUGCUUCAGCAUGUAGCGCCACGAAAGCCCGGCGCUCCAAAUUUCUCGGAAGAGGCGUCACCGGAAACCUUGCCCCCAAACUCGGCAGCUCAUAAAAGGAAUUUUGAUGCACAUAUAUCAUACCUUCAAUCGGGGGCUGCUAUGAAUCAGCAAGCAAGUCCGAUGAACAUGCAGCAAAUAGCUGGUCCGCAGCAUGCUCCCGUCGGAAGGGGGCCUUUGGAAAAGUUCCCGAGGGGGUUUAAUGCCGGACCUUGGGGAAGCGAUAUGUCGGAGUCCAAUCCACCAGACAUUAUACCGCCUCCUGCAAAUCUGCCGCCCGCCAAUUUCGGUGCGCUUGGAGACAUGUCAUUUGGUGGCAUUGCGAAUGGCGAAGCGGUAUAUGUGCCCGCGAUAAUAAUGCAAGGCAGUUCGAGUCCUGAAGAUGGGCUGUUCGGACCGAGUGCUGCUGCGGAAGAUGGGAUGGCAAUAGCGGAUGAGGAACCGGAACCGCAGCCUAACAGACUACCUGUUGCGCCGGAGAAUGCGGGUCAGGGAGGUUUCGACAUUGAUUGGUCGGCCUUCGACCAGGUGUUCCCUCCGAGUAUGACCUUCGAGUCGAUGGGUGAUUUGAUGGUUCCUGAUUUCCAAUUUGGCUCCCAGACGCACUAUUGAACAGCCUGGGAGUCAAUGCGUGCGCUUUACCUGUGAAGAACCUCGAAUAUGCUGGGUGAUGUCCGGGAUAUGAUCGGAUGAUGGAUGUAGAUUGAUAUCACUGCUUUACCAAUGUGACAAUUCCCUGGCUUUCAAAGCCACAUAAAGUGUGGAAUAACGAAAUCUAUAUGCUAGAAUUUCUUUGUGCAGC